CGUAAUGAAAGAUGAAAGGAAUAGGAGGGCCGCUUCUAUGCAUAGGCGAUCUGCUCAGCGAUCUUGGAGAAUCGGACGGUGCUGAUCCUCCACACCACCAUGAAACCCCUCUCUCAUCGUCUUCCUCUUCCAUUUCCAGCCCCAUUGACACCCCUCAAGCGCAAGCAUUGGACCUCACCAAGCUCUUCCAGGAAGACUAUGACCGCUUGAAUGAGGCGCUCUCUGGCACAGACCACUCAUGGACGGCUCUAACCCUAAAGUUAUGCUCUGCUCUGGAAAAUGCAAACAAAUUGGUCCAUUCCACCAACGCAAAUGUGAGGCUGCUGUCAGAGAAGGUUGGAGAGCUCGAGAAAGUAGUCAAGAGAGGAGACUCUGCCUUAGCAUCAGCCAAGGCCAUCCAUCAUGUCUGUUUGAACCAAAAGCAAGGACUAUUUAGCGGCAGUGAAAAUACCAGAUAAUCAUAUCAGGAUCAAGGUUACUGAAAGUCAGAUUUAUAGGAUGUUUUAUGUUACUUGUCAGGAGCUUACAAAAACCCCUCUUCUUUGUUAAAGAUCAGAAAGAAUGAAGGAUAUAAAACGUAUGCACCGUGAAAUGUGAAAGGUUUUGAACAUUGUAAGGCUCCCUUUGGCUAUACAAUAUUUGCCCCCCUUGCUUUCC